AUGAAAGGAAGCAUGUCGAGAAGCGGAAGCAUUAACUUGUACAAUAACAUAACCGAUAGCCUGUCCAAAUUAAAAACGAUAAUAAAAUAUGACGAGGAAAACGAUGUGGAUAAGGGAGGGGGAGAGGCGCAACAGGGGAAAGCACAUGAAGCAGCGCACUGCAAGAUAACUAAAGACGGGCCUAAUGGUGCAGCUAAGUACCGUUUGUUAGGCGGGACGCAGACUGCGGAUGGGGAUCCAACCCACAGUCCAAGGGAUGAAAGGAAGGCGCACAGAACGAACAAUAAAGAGAGGGAACUGUUGAGGAGUAUAGCCAAGGCUAAUUCGUUAAAAAAAAUAGAAAAAAAUAUAAGUCUUUUGUUAAGGUCGGAUGAUGAAGAGGGGGAAAUAGAGGAAGAAAAAGAGGAACACCAUUAUGACGGAAGUGAUGGAUGCGUGGUAGUGGGACGUGGCACUGUGUUCGCACCGCGGCACGAUUACCACCAAAGGGAAGGCUGUUUACCCAACGAACCCUACCCCUCCACUGUACAAACUCAUGGGCAAAUUAGAAAGAAAAAUUGUGACGAAGCAGUCGAAAUGGAUAGGGACGUCAAUUAUAGGAUCAAUGCUAAUUAUAAAAUGGGAGGAAACCUGGACAGUCUGGAGAGAAUUCCUCAGUUUAGUAGCACUGGGUGUAAGGACAAAAUAAGUUAUAGGAAGUAUCUGAUCCAGAGUGGGUACGCCGACAUGGUCAGCACGGAUGGUCCUGUGGGGAAGAACCAAUUGGAUCUGUCACUCAUGUCAACGGAGGACCUUAAGAAGGAAUUUAGUUUUUACUCCCUGAGCGAAAAGAACAGCGUACACAAGUUUUCCCUCCACAAUAAUGACAUGUUGGAUCUGAGCCAAAUUUCGAAUUUUUCAAAAUUUUCAAAUUUUUCAAACGGCAUGAGGGGAUCCAGCAGGUCCAAUUUCGCCAAGGGGUCCAAGCCGAAAGAGGCAACAAUGAGCGAUAGCAACACGUCAGUCAGCUCGUUCACCUUCAAUGGGAAUUCCAGCAACUUCAUCGGCAGGGACCUGGCAGGGGAAGAAGAACCUGAUCGGCGGGACGAUCAUGGUGAACACGUAAUUAAUCCAUCCAUUGACCUGAACAGUGAUCACAGUGCAAAUAUCCAUGGGAAAGUUUUUUCCUGCUCAGCUAACGGUAUAGAGAAUAAAGCGUUUAGCAAGCAAAAAAAAUCAGACAUAUAUAUAGCGGUGGAUAAUACUAGCAGUAAUAGCGGAACGUACUACGAGAAUAGCCUCAAAAGUAACAGAAGUAAUUUAGGCACUAGUCGCCAGAACACCUUAGAUGAGAGUCAUAGGACUUACUUAGGUAGUGGAGAUUACUUUGAUCCCAAUUUAAGUCAUACGAAGGUGGACAAAAGUGCCUUACCUGGUCGUCAUGUAAUUCUUCACACGAGGAACAAUGAACUGAAUGAAGCGCUAAAUAACCUAAAUGUUAACAAAAUAAACCCGAAUGGUAAUUCCAGUUGGGUAAAAAGUGGUGAAGUGGCUUCCUUAAAAAGCAGUGGCAAUUUUGUCAGGAGAAAUUACCUCAACCUAAACAGCAGUAACCAUGUAGAUCUGGCCCAUUCACAGAUGAGCGUAAAAGCGAACGAAAUAAUAACUGAUCAAGCAGAGGAUCAUGGAGCGAGAGAAAAGAAAAAAGAAAGCAUACACCUUAGCACAAACAUCGAUUUUGACAAUAAUAUUUUUAAAAAUUACAAUAAGGAAAAGAAAUUAGAAGAAGGUAAAAAAUAUGGUAGCGAUGUGGAAGGACGUCAACUGUCCGAGGAAGUGAUGAGCGAAGUACUCACUCACGCUGCUUCCUCUGGUAAAGCUGCAGUGAAAGACGAAGCGGAUGGUACUCUCCCCAUUAGUGAAGACGAUGUGGAUAGGAAAAAUAUUAACGAAAUUUACAAAAAAAUAAACUCCAUUUCGAUGCUCAAUGAUCUUAGUUUGAACAAAUUGGAAAGUUUAAACAGCAGUAUUAUGGACAUAUAUACGAAAAAUAACGAUGAGGGCAAAUUCCUCGAUGAUGUCAUUUUGGACGAUAGUAUUUUUAUUAAGUCGAACAGUUUGUACAGAGAGGACGGCAGUCCGCAUGUCGUCACUCCUCAAGGGGACCUCCCCCCCGAUGAUUACAGGAAAAGGUUUUCCUUUUCCUCCGACCCGGAUGCGGCGGAUAGCCUUUUUAAAAUUUCGCUCAGUUGCAACGAGGUGGUUCUCCCCAAGGGUGAAUCAUCUGGUCUAAGGGGUGAUGCUGUGUCUACGCAUAGCAAUCGCCCAGACGUGGAAGAAGCGAAAAAGGAACAGCAACAAUCUCCAAAGGUUGGAUCUGCACCAAGUAAUGAACGCUCACUUGAAGUAACUCACUGUAACCUUAAGCAAAGGGCGGAGUCUAGAGAAAGGUCUAAAUUUAGAGAAACCAAACAGGAGCAAUCCGAACGAAGGAGCAACUCAAUCAAUCAGUUGAAGGACAAGUAUAGCAAAAGGAAGGAUGACACCAUGGAAAACGAAAUGAAGUUUUCUGAGUUACCUUCCCAGUUAGAUAAAAAUAUGUUACUGAAAAAUACAUUGACAUUGCAGCGUAGUUAUAAUAAUAUGGAGUGGAGGAAAUCCAAGACAGCCACCUUGGACCAAUUCACAACCUCUUCCAGUGACCUACCACGAAAUGAGAGAGACCAGAUGGAGAAACGUAGUAUUUCCAGAUCGCCCCUCAACAAAACGGACAGUAUAAAUAGUUUUUCAAAGCACGACAUAUAUGUGCAUGAAGAUAGGUUAUCUAGAGAAGAGGUAGAUAAUCUGCCAAACUUAUUUUUAAGCAAAAGCGGAUUUUCGAAGUGCCCCUACGUGGUCAGUAAACCCUCAGGUAUGAGUAACACAUUGGGAAAAGCAUAUGAAGACGCUCCAGAUGAUCUGCAUGCACUUCCAUCAGGAGGGUAUGACAUAAGGAAUGAGCCCAACAGUCUUUCAAUUAGUAAUUAUUCUUCCCUCACAGGGAAGGCAAAAAAGGGGGAUCAGGUGAACCAAGUCAAUUCCUUCUCAUCCGUUUUUCCCCACGAUGAUAAGGCGAACUAUGGAGACCCAUCCAAUUGUUUCCGUGGCGGCACCAGCGGGGGGAUGAGGCGCAAAAGAAGCAUAAGUGACUGCGAGGGGGAAAGCGCAAACGCGUAUAAUGAUAUCAGUGUGGACAGGACCCAUAGUGACAAUGCAAAUGGGGUGGGAGACUGUUCCGCGUAUGAUCCGCAGGAGGUGAAAUGGGGUAACGGGGGUGCCCGUCCUGAGGAUGAAUGUACUGGUGGUGAGUUUACCGGGGGUGGACAUAACAUGUUCAUCAGUGCAAGCAAAUGUAGCAUGCGAAGCAGUGGCAAAAUGGAAUGGAGCAAGACAAAGGGGGGGAGGGGCUCCAUCGAAGAGUCCCACAACAUGCCGAAUGAGUUGGGCAUAUCGAAAAGGACAAGCCAUUGCGGAGUUAACCACGUUAUUGGUGCAUGCCCAGAUGAAGAAAUAUCUACGUGCAAAGAAGAAGGUACGCGCUUUACCCCCCACACGAAUGAAGACACCAAUCAUAUGCAUGACGUUUCCUAUGAUAGACCUCCCAUAAAUGGAAACCUGGGACAAAGUCAAAAUGGUAACCCACUUUUUUUAAGACAACUGAGCAGAGGGACCGACUCCGAAAGAUCUUCAUCUGUAGUGAGAUCCAGUGGGAAGGAGGUACCACCGAAUGAAGGUAAGUUCUGUCCACUGGAUAAGAAGACCUCUCUGGAGGAGGGAAAAAUCCCCCCAAUGGUGAACAAUAGAAGUGUGGAGGGAAUAAACUACUCAUCGCAACUCUCCAAGGAGGACGAAAUUAAGCACAGCGGGAUGACAAGCAUGCCAGACAUUCUCCACUUUAGUGAGAACAAAAACUCCUCCAUUUUUUUUUUCGACAACAUACAUAAUUCGUCGGAGUAUGACUGCAUUCCGAGGCCGUUGCACAGUUCGUACUUUGAGAGUAAGCGAAAGAUUUCUCAGGAAAAGGGGGAAGCAAUUAAAGAAGGCCAAACGGAAUUUCAACCGAAUGGAAACCCAUUUCAGAGGAUCACCAAGGGAAAUGUUUCCAGGACGUCACCCCUAUCUGAAGGGAACCCCCUUAUCAGUCGCUCCAGCAUGAAUGGAAAUGCGCCCUUCCCAAGUGGGGAAAAUGAAAAACUUUUUGAAGAGGACAUAAUGCGCCAGGAUAAAACACACAGAAAGGUGAGCGAAGAAAGGGUACCUGGAAGACAGGGGUAUCUAACAAGCAGGACUGGAUCAUGGAAGGAAUUGCAAAGAAGUAGCAGUACCACAUUGGUUAGUGGGCCCAGUGGAAAAAUCACACCACCAGGGGGGUUCACCAAUCAUCCCACAGUUGAGGAACACACGCAUGACCAUCGAAGGAACAGCGUUGAUGAAAUUUUCGUAAAAGAAGACGUGCAGCAGAAGGGGCCCAUUGAUCGGAAUACCAUCCCGCGUAGUGAAGGGGAAAAACAACGGAGCGUCGAACAAGUGCAAUCCAAAAAGGGUAUGCAAGCGAAAGAUAAAACGCCAAGUGAAGCUGCGAAUGAUGUAUUAGAAACAUGCAGCACGAGUUACUCCUUCGAAAAAAGCGAAAGGAGUGGAAUAAGUGAGCAGAAAGGACAAGCAGAGAAACCCUACCAGUAUGUACUCCAAGAGGAUGACAAAAUAGGUGAACCUCCGCAAAGAGGCAGUAGAAGCAUAGCAACAGAGUAUGACUCUACAGACGUAGGAGGUACAAAUGGAGAGAAGAGCAACACGAGGAAGAUAACCAUCCCCCCGAGUGAGGAAAAAAGAAAAGUGCGUCCUAACUGCUACGAUGAAGGAGAUAACUUGCCAUUCGCACAUGGUGAGGAAAAAAGCGGUAACGGUUACACAGGAAAGAAAGGCAACACAAAUGGAUUAUCCCCCAAAUGUAUACCAAAUGAUUUACAUGUGAAUAACGACAUUCACCACGAUCAUCAGCGGAGUGACAAUGAAAAGGUUCCUUCUAGGGAGACGCAUCCGCGUAGUGGUAGCAACGGGGAUGAUCAUUUGGACCCCAGACAUUUUAAUAAAAAACCGAGUGUAGAUUAUCAUAUGGUCCAGGGUGCAGGGGGGAAAGGGGCCGACUACAUGGAGGGAGAGAAGCAUCACGAAGAAACCUGUACAAGGAAUACACAGUACAGUACAAAUUCAAAUGGUCCUUAUGGAGACCCUUACAGAUGCAACAGUGGUCAAGCGGGUUAUGUGGAACAGAGUAGACACAGCUACAGCUAUGAGCAUGCUGCUGAUGAACGCGAAACAUUUUCAUCCAAAGAAAGAGAAGAAAACUACACAUCCCAUAAGGGUAACAUGGGUGAUUACCCCUACGGAAGGUAUUUCAGUAAGGGAAAAGGGGAAAACGAGUUUUAUCAUAAUCACUACAAUGAUGAAGUGAGAAGUAACGGGGAACAUUCCAGGAGAGGUGCAUUAAGUGAAAAUGCAUAUCUCGGUGCAGUUAAGGUGGAAGGGAUGGGACAGAACAAGAGAGAAACUCGCAGCGGGAGAGAUAUGCGUCAGAGGGGUUAUAAGGAGGAACAUGGUAACGGUUUUCAAUCAGAAAAGAACCCGGUAGGGGAUAAAAAUUCAUAUGAGAGGAACGACUCGUUGAACACAACUCAACCUUACGGAAUGAGUCACCCGAUGGAGGGGGAAAGGAAGAUGAACGCGCAUAUCUGUGGAAACGGAAGAGGUACCCAUCCAAGUGGCAUACACACAGAGGGAGGUGGCCGAAGAAACGGAGAAGACAACGUCGUGAAAAGGAAUAACGAGAUAAUAAUGGCACCAGAUCGUUUGCAAAACCGAACUGAUUCAACCAACCUUGAAAGAAUGAAAGAAAGGAGCACAUAUAAUCACGCGGGUGGAGAUUUUCCUGAGGAAAGGCCAACACAGGAUUACCCUUAUGAUGGUAGAUGCCGAAGCAGAGACGCAAAUUAUCCGAACGAGCAAGCCAGAAAAGGGGACAACUAUCAUGGAAGGGAUAUUGUAGAAAUGAAUUCAACGAACACGUACGAGUUAAAAAAUGAUGAGCAAUUUGAAGCAGACAUGAUUAAACACAAGUACAGCAAAAACGGCACGCAGCAUUAUGGGGAUGAGAACAGUCAGCCGAUUUAUCCAUUCAACGAAUUUCUCCCAAAUGAUAAGGUCCGUUCUGGCCAUUUGGGUAAUCUUGCGAGGGAAGAGGAAUUCGUUAACCGUCUCAUGGAAGGGAAUGUCCGUGAGAGGUAUAGCUCUUUGGGGGGAUGCGAAGGGUACGAUAACUGGCCUGAAAGGGAGGGAGUGAUUAGGGAUCGGGGCAACGAAAGGUAUGGCCCAAGUUGGAGUCGCGAUGGAGACUACCGUUAUGGCGGACAUUGCGUAGAUCACCACCGGGAGAAGCGCUACGGCAGCUACCCCCCCCUGUACGAAAACUUGGACGAACAUAGUAUGAUGGUUAUCCCCCCUAACAGAGUGGAAAAAUCAAAAACGAGCGUAAAGAUUUUGGACCAUAAUUAUGUUUCCAGUGGGACCCCCCAUGGAGAAGAUUUCCACGGACCAGUUAUGCCAAACGGGGCGUAUGUAAAGGCACACACAUCUUAUGUGGCCUACGGGGGGGGAGGCAAAUGGAAGGGAAACAGUACACAGCCGCUUGGAUAUACACACCUAGAGGAAAAGAAAGAAGCUAUUUAUAACUAUAAGGAGGCACAUUUAAAAUAUGAUAUGAAGGGAGAGUUAUAUAAGGGGAAGUACACGGAGAGUCCUCACCAGUAUGGACAGUGCUUACACGUGGGUGGAAGAAGCAACACUACACUUCCGUAUGAUUACUACUUCGAUGAAGGUGCGCGAAGCGAAGUUGUGCGGCGGAAUAGUAAGUAUGCCCAGGAGGAGUUGCACAGAAAAGGCGAAAAUGUAACAACAUUCCAGCGUUCUGGAGAGUCAAAGGAGGUAGAUAGUCACAUGGAUAGGGCAGCACCUGCCCCGGCAUGCCAAUACAGUGGCAACAGGGGUGACAACAUAGGUGGGCCAUUACCACUUAAUUACGAGGAGAAAAGAGAGGAUAACACACAUGGAGUGACCCCUCAAAUGGGCGAUGCCUACCCAAAUGAGAAUAAAACGUGGAACUACAGAGAAGGGAAGAAUGAACUACCUUUUAGAAAGGCCAACACAAAUUAUGAGCAUUACAAGGUAGGUAAAGACAUGGGAAGUAACCUUGACGUUCGUAUAUUUAGACACUCGGAGGGGGACACAAUGCAUAGGGGAGGUAUAUCAAGGGGAAACUACCCACUGGAUCACAAUGUAAGUACCAGCAGUGGAAGGAAUGCCAAUUAUAACGAAUUGCUUUACGAACUGUUUAGGGAAAAUAUAGAUAGCCAAGGGAAGGAAAAGAACAGUCAAGUUUUAAAUAAAAUUAUGGAUGUUAUGAUAAACAUACAGAAUGAUUUGAAGGACGUGAAGUGUAAACUGAGCAGGAAGAAGAAAAGUGAUCCCCCGGAGGGGGCACAUGCCCGAAGUGAGGAUAGCGGCCAGCCCAACAGUCAGGAGGGGGGUGCGUGUAAGAGAGAGAAUAAUGGCAAAUCCGGUGGUGAGAAUGACCAAACAAACCGCCUUGAUAGCCGUCCAACCGGGCGUUCCUCCCCCGUGAAUAACGCCGAACAGGAUGCUAACCUGACCCCCGUCCUGAAGAACCUCAACUACGAAGACGUAAAAGACUCAGCAAUCAGCAAAUCGAAUAGGCUAUACCUCUUCAGCAAGUUUUUCACUUCCGUUUUUUACGAGCAUAAUGUGAAGACGCACAAUUUUAUUAUGUUUAAUAUAUACAACACGGAGCAGAAGAGACAAACACACAAAGUGUCUCUCUUCUUGGAAAGGGACUACAACGAUAUCUACAGUCUGGCCUACAACAACUUACUCUUCUACUCCUUUGACUGUUACACCUUCUACAAGUACAUAAAGAGUAAAUUCCAGGGGAGUUACAAAAUAUAUGAGAAUUCUACUUUGUGUCUUUACAUACAGAACAAUUACGAGACGAACUUGAUUAAUCGUCUUUUUAUUGAGCAGAAUAAUUUACACAAAAGUACGUUUCGUCUAAAUGAGAAGAGGAUUCUGAAGACCUGCACCAAGUAUGUGGUGGAGUCGUUCCUAUCCCUACUAGACAAGCAAGUUAACAUAAAAAAUGUUAUUCCUUUUAUGAAGAAGAGGAAUUACGAAAUUGACCAGAAGAAUUUGUAUUUUUUCAUUUCCAGAUUUAACUUGAUGGACAAAAUUUUUAGUGACUCACAUGGCUUCGAAUGCAACAAAAAGGCGUUCGAAAAAUUCUCUCCCAACAUGAGAAAUUUCGCCGUUUUUUUUAAGUACAUACGGGACGCCUCCAACUUUUAUGACUCCCUCGUUGGGGUGGAAACAACACAGGAAGCGAUUUCUGAGCCAACUUCCUCUGCCCACCCCACCAACGCUGCAGGUACUACGGAUGCUCCCCCUUAUAAUCAUACCUACCGGCUUAUCAUCGUGGCCCUGCACAAGGGGAAAUCCUUCCACUACGACAAGGCCCCCUUCAGCAGCUUUAUAAAAUCUGACCAAAGCGAUAUGCACCAAUACUAUAACAAUUACGACUCCAUGUCUUUCUCCAAUGAUGAAGUGGUGCUCUUCAACCUGUCCUAUGCAGUUCCCUUUUACUACAUAGAGUACUACAGGAGUUAG